AUGGCGAUGGUGGCAGGACUGUGGCAGAGGGCGAGAGACUAUAUGAAGACCAAGGAGUUCCGGGACUACGUGACCAGCACACACUUCUGGGGUCCCCUGGCCAACUGGGGCCUACCACUGGCCGCCAUUAAGGACAUGAACGCAUCGCCUACCAUAAUCAGUGGCCCUAUGACGACAGCACUCAUCUUCUACUCAAUGGCAUUCAUGCGUUUCGCCUACCGUGUACAGCCUCGAAACUUGCUGCUGCUGGCGUGCCAUAGCACCAACGUGGUGGUGCAGAGUGUGCAGGUGAGCCGCUACCUAAUUCACCAGUACGGCGGGGACGCCGUGGGGGCUGCUGCGGCCUCUGCGGCCGCCACCGCCGGUCUCACCAGCGACCCUAUGGCUGUUAGCAACUUUGAGGAUGAUGACUUCUGCUAG